AUUACGCAUGGUGUUUUGCGUGCACUGAGAUUGUGAAAUUUUGAAAAAACAGAUUGUUUCAUAAUUGAAAGUUAAAAUGAAGUUGAAGAAUCUGCGUAAAAACCCACUGAAACGUGAGGUCUCAUUGGAGGAAGAAACUGAAGUUAACGAGAUCGCGCCACCCGAAAAGCCGAAAGUAUCGUUGCCGAGCGACAGCAACUUUAAUCACAUAAAGUGUAAAAUAGUUCGCCAUAAAAAAAGCGAACAAUUUCGUAGGCAAAAGGCGAAGGCUAAAAAAGAAGAGAGGAAACAGCGGCAGAGGGAUGGCGAGCCCAAAAAAGUCCCUCACACCAUCGAAAGUCUGCGUGAAAAGGAUGAGACAACCAUCCAAGGAGAUAUUGAGGCGGAGGAAAAUCUUGAGGUCAAAGUAGAUUUUGAACACGACGAGUUCGCAUCCUAUUACAAACACACGUACGAGCCCAAAGUUCUCAUUACCUACUCCGACAAUCCUCUCAGGAAAACGAGAAUAUUUGGGCGCGAGUUGACUCGCAUCAUUCCAAACUCUAUAUCGCUCUACAGAAACAGAUCGGGUGUCAAGAAAAUGGUUAAAAGUGCAAUUGCCAAGGGAUUCACGGACUUGAUAGUGAUUAAUGAAAAUAUGAAACAGCCGAAUGGGAUGCUUGUUGUGCAUCUGCCCGAUGGUCCAACGGCCCAGUUCAAACUUAGUAAUGUUAAAAUUACGCCAGAGCUGAAGCGGUCGCAUAAAGAAAUAACUGAGCAUCGUCCAGAAGUUAUUUUAAACAACUUCACGACUAGAUUAGGACAUUCAGUUGGAAGAAUGCUCGGAGCGUUGUUUCACUACGAUCCCGAAUUCAAGGGACGCAGGGCAGUCACGUUUCACAAUCAACGAGAUUACAUUUUUUUUAGACAUCACAGAUACGAGUUUGACCUUAAAAAGGGGAAAGCAAAGCUCAGAGAAUUGGGCCCGAGAUUUACCCUGAAAUUGAGAUCUCUGCAGCGAGGGACGUUUGACAGUAAAUAUGGAGAAUACGAAUGGAUAAUACAAGGACGUCGACACGCCAUGGAAACUAGUAGAAGAAAGUUCUUCUUGUAGUGAAUAGACGCUAUUCGUUUUUGCCGUUUAUGCCUUGUAUACAUAUGCAUGAUGAUUUUGACUGGACACACAAUUGAAGCCUUUGAAAUACGUUUAGGUACAUGAACAUAAGUAAUUUUAAAUCUUGGUAUUCGAUGUUUAUGGAGAUCAUAUUUUCCACUUUACAGUAAACAAAGUAUCCUCAUAACUUGUGCUUGAUUCUUAUCAGUAUUGCAAAGUUGAAAAAGUACUUUUCUACGAGUUAUACGGUAACUUGGUCCUCUUCAAAACAUACACAGCUGCGUGCAGCCCACCCAUGUUGACACCGAGCAUUUUUAUCACUUUGAAUAAAUUGCAUGCGGUUUGUAAAGCCUUCAAGAAAUGAAAAAAAUGAAUUUUCUAAUGCAUUACAAGUAUUAUUCUUUAUGUUAUGAAAAUUUAGCUCAAUUACCAUUUGAAUGCUGCGGCGAUCGUAAGUCAGUAGAACCAGACGUCCUGUACCUAGUUUCGCAACACGAGCCAACUCUAUAAUGUAACGCUUGUAAAGCACUCUGUUGUCCGUCAUUGAACCACUUCGCUUUCCGAAUGGCUGAAAAUUUGAUAACAACGAACAAUAACAAAAGACAAUCGUUGUGCUGGCACAUAAACAAUGAUAUGCCUACCAUGUCGGUUACCACAAUGUCAACAUAAGAAUCUUUCAGCGGUAAUUCUGCGACACUCCACGUGAUCAGCUCUGUUUUACGAUUGAUCGAUUGAGCAUCGAUAUUUAAUUUUGAUCUAGCAACGGCUUUCUCAUGAUUAUCCCCACAUAAAACGUAUGUAUCCGGGAAAGCGAUUGCUGCCUGUUAAAAUUUAAUGGCGUAUUAAACAUAUUGAAA